AUGUUAAGACGUAACACAACACACAUAUUCAACAACAGCAAGAGAGUGCCUCACAGGGUGCUGCGAAGCCGGAAGAGCGUGCCGCAGUACUCGGAUAGCAUAAACCUCGGGCUGGGCAACGAGUACCAGCAGGAAGAGGCCCGGUUUGGGAACUUUUCCGUGCUCAACGAGAACACGCACCCGGGUGUGGUGUACUACUUUAUAGAGCUGAGAAACUCCGGUGACGACAGCAGCACGCCCGGGAGGGGUAACAACAACAACAACAAUAACAACGAGGGGGACCGCAGUCGAGGCUCUGACGCCCACAUAUAA